AUUUUUUGACUAGGAAGAAGAAGAUAUUGAUUUCUUAGUUACGAUUUGACCGGUUUGAACCGUCCGGUCUAUUUUUGCCAGUCUGGGUUGGGGAAUAGUGCGUCGAACGGCGGAGAGAGAGAAAUGCGGAGCACACCGUUGGGGACGACGGCGAUUUCACCAGCUUCAGUCAAGCAGAAGAACUGCUAUGGAAGCGUCUUCUCCUCUUCAGGAGUCUCUCACUUCUCUCUCCAUCGUCGGAGACGCCAGUUGUCGUCUCUUUUCCUUCUCUCGCCCAGGGUUUCUGUUUCUCCCACUCCGUCUUUCAGAUCAGGAGCAUGCAAUGCAAGUCAAAUAGUUGAUCUUUUUCCAGCGGUUUCACCUGAAAUCGUUGUACGGGAAGCAAGAUUGGAGGAUUGCUGGGAAGUGGCAGAGACUCACUGCAGCUCCUUCUUCCCUGGAUAUUCAUUCCCGCUUGAUGUUGUCCUGAGAGUAGAUAGGUUAAUGGCGAUGGUAAUGGGGUUUUCUGUUCCAGCAGGGUGCCAGAGGACUUGUUUAGUCGCUGUGAUUGGUAGCUCAGUAGAUGAAACCAUCUGCAUUGGUAGUGAAGAUUUCAAGAUUGGAGCUUUUGGUGCAAAGAUCAGUCUAAACAAAGGUUAUGUAGCUGGAAUCUUGACUGUAGAUACCGUGGCGGAUUACCUUCCAAGGAAAGGACCUCUCCGCCAGAGAAGCCAGGACGGGGAUUGCUUACAUAUCAAACGUGGCGGUUCGAGAGAGUUUCCGGCGCAAGGGAAUAGCAAAGAGACUCAUUUGGAAAGCAGAGGCUUUAGCCAAGAACUGGGGAUGUCGAGCUAUUGGCCUUCACUGUGAUCUCAACAACUCAGGAGCCACCAAACUUUACAAAGAUCAAGGUUUCAGAUGCAUCAAGAUCCCCAAAGGAGCGAAUUGGCCACAACCAAAGACAUCUCCAGACUCCAGGUUUAACUUCAUGAUGAAGCUCUUGAACAACAACAAUACACAAGCCCUUGAACAGUUCCGCUAAGUUCGACGAAAAAGGUAAAUCGAAUUUCCGUUCGUUGAUGAAAUAGCUCUGAUCAUGUAAAUAUGUUAGUGGUGAUUGUGGUCUACGUUUUGUUCGUCUGGAUAUGAAUUAAUGCUCUCUUCUAUUGUAUACUACCAAAUUUGAAAACUUAUAAA